GUCAAACGCUGUCGCUGGCCGCGCAAUUUUUAGUAUUUAUGUAAUUCAAUUAUUUUAGUGUUAUGUAGUGACUGGUAAUCCAGACAACUCAAGCACAAGAUGGGUGCGUGCGAAGUCGAGUCGUGCGGGAAGGACUCCAUCGCCAGCCAUGUCGUGGUCGACGCCGUCGGUAUGGUCCACGGUCUCACUCAGCUGGCCAACUUACCCGACCCCCCCAACGACGCAAUCCAGACAAUCCUCUCUAGCGUUCAAUACAAAACCCACCAACCAGAAACAGCUGCCGAGAUUCCCACACAAAAACCAAGGAAACGUAAGAGCUCUCCGGGAAAUGAAGAGUAUUCUUGUGAAUACUGCUCUCGAAGUUACAGGUACAAAUGGAAUCUAAAAAGACACGUCGAAGAAUCUCAUCCGGUCAAACUCAGAAGACUUGUAAAUACAGCAGUUUUUGAAUGCGAAGAGUGUGAUUUUACGUGCGCCUCUCAAGAGGCACUUGAUACUCAUUCGAAACAGCAUAAUUCCACGGAAAAAACCAAGUCUCCGAGAUCUAAAUGCGCUUUUUGUGACAAAGAAUGUGUUGGAAUAUAUAACCAUUAUAUUAGUCACCAUUGUAUCGAAAAUCCCGAAGAAAUUAUGUUUGACAACGGGAACGUUUUAGUAAUUUCUUCCAUAAAUCCAGAGAAAGGGAAGGCUGCUUGGUUUUUAAAAGAGAAAGAGAAACUGAAUCAAUACACUGACACCACGUGUCGAUUGUGCGAAACGGAACCUUGCUUUGAUAAUCGAUAUGUUCUGGAAAGCCACUAUGAGCUGAACCAUAUGGUUGAUCCGAAUAUGUUAGGAAACAUCAAACACGUCUUUAGGGCACAGAAGGGUGCUCAUUUGCCUGCGUCGCAGACACCCAAACGCAAGCAGGCCGAUAUAAGAACUCCAAUGAAACAGAAAGUCUCUUUCGUAGGGAAUGAAGAUAAGCAAGGCGGCAAAGAUAACUCUGAAAAGAAGGUUGAGAAUCAAGUUAAGAAACCAGAACAAUCUGGAUUCUCUUGUCAAGAAUGCGGUCAAGUUUACUCCAGUGAAGCAGCUGUUAAUAAACAUAGAAAUGAGAUUCAUACUCCUAAAGCAGUAGACAAGUCAAAACAGCCGAAAUAUCCAUGCUGCUUUUGUAACAAAUCUAUUAUUGGCAUUUAUAAACACUACGGGAAUCGACACAGUAUUGAUGAUCCGGAGCAGAUUAUGUUUAAUACCGGAAACGUGUUAGUGCGUGCCGAUAUUGAUACCAAGAGCGGGCAGGCCCCGUGGUUUAAAAGUCAGAAAGAAAAGGCGGAGAAAAAAUACAGUGCCAAUAUGUGUAGAUUGUGUGACGCUGAUUUCUCAGGCACUGACGUAAGCCUGGAUAGACAUUACUUAAAAGGGCAUAAAGUUGAUCAGGAUGCGUUGAAAAGGCUUGAUAAUCUUCAGUGUCUGUUCCGGGCUGACAAGAGGGCACAUUUGGAUGAUUUGCCCGCAAGCACUCCAAAAGCUAAGUUGCAGCGGACUUUCCAGAGGAAAAUUAGCCUCGAAAGUAAACACAAAUCUGGACCUAGCACUGAACGCGAUGUGAAUGAAGAGGAGAGUGAGCAGGAUGUGUCUGGACUGAUCAUUUACCAGUGCGGAGAGUGCGAGGUAGCCGCGACAACGUGCGAUGCGUCCAUCGAGCACGCGCAGCUCCACCACUUCCCGCGCUACUCGCCCAUUAUUCAGACCUGUGCCGUCUGCAACUUCUCUUUCGAAGCUCAGUGUUUCGCUGACCACUCGUCGAACCAUCUCAACAACAAUGACUACAAAGUAGUCAAGUUCUACCCUUCCAAACUGCUGGACGAUUGGUCUGUCAUGUUCCAAGGCUUGUCCGAAACACACGCGGCCAGAAUCAGAUCUUCCAGCACUUAUCAGCACACCAGGAGAGUCAAAAUGAACUCGGAUGUGCCUUACGGAAUCCCUGUGUAUCAGUGCGGCAAAUGUGAGCUGUACAUUCGUCCGAAAGACGUUGAAACACACUGCUAUAAUAAUAUUUGUUUGGAAAAUCAGACGCCAGGUCACUUCUGCUCGGAUUGCGAAAUCUAUUUUUUCACAUCCGUGGCUCUCACGGAACACGAGAAAGACCAUAAAAAUUAUGGACCUGACUCUUUUAGAACUGUUACUUUCAACAGAAAGGAGGAUGAACUUAUAAACAGAGCUCUGCAAAACAUCCAAAAUAACGCAGUUUCUAAGGAAGCUAGAAACAAAACAGAAACUCCGCAGAAGAAUAGAGGGAAAGAGAUUACAGUUAUUGAAGAUGUUGUGAUCAGUGUGUUUUGUAGUCAUUGUAAACAGUCGAUCAUGUAUUCAGAGUUUGAAGCUCAUGCAGCCACUCACAAUAAUGAAAACGGAGAGAGUUCGCACACAACGGAAGAAGUUCGAAAUAUUCCAGAAAUUAAUGGUCAUAAUUCUGGAGAAGUUGUCCAGCAAACUGUCGUUGACGGCGAAGAGAUUCAAAGGGCUGAAGAAUUGUCACAAGAAGGGAAUAAUGAAGUUAAUCUUAUAGAUGGUCAUGAAUCUGGAGAGGUUAAUCUUCAAACUGGUGUAAAUGAUAAAGUCACCAAUGGAGGGGGUACAGUGGAACCGUGGAAUAGCGACACAGACUCUUGCAACAACCUCUUAGCCCCUGUCUCUUCUUUUGACGUUCGCGUAGAAGUACAUGUACAAAAUCAAGAAGAAUACGAUACGAAUAACUUUGAAUGCAUAGAUAUUUUAGAAGACUUUAGUGAAGAAAUGGCAAACGAUUUGAAACAUGAUAUACAAAAACUAGGGGCUAAGUUAUUCGGUAUGACCUAUAUACCUGAUGAUAUAGUUAAUAAUGAAGAUAUUAAAUCUGAAAAGAGUGAAUUAACACAGCAUGGAGGAACAAGUGAUGAUAAUCAAGAUCAUGUUAAUGAUGAAGAUAAAAUGAUCGAAGCAACUAAAAAUCGAAAUGAUAGUGAUUCAAAUGAUAUUAUCGUUGAAAUAGAUGAUGAUAGUGACAGUGAAAUUGAGUUUCAAGCUGUUGAUCGAAAAUCAGGUGCUAAACCAUCUUCAAGGGACAUUUUAAGUAGAAUGUUGUCCAAAGAAGAAUAACCGCAUUUUCAGAAAUUUGGACCUGAAAUUAGUGACAGUUGUUAACAAAAAUGAACUAGGUGCUUUUGUUCGUUUUUAUAGCCGAUAGCUUACUAGCUCGCGGUGGGACCAGUGCAUAAGCGUCUAUUUUUGGACGGCUAGAGCAGAUUUCGCUUCGAUAGCUUUGGGGCAACCCUUAUGUGGAACUUAUACCCAGGGCUCGGAUACCGGUUCAAUUUUCAAACCGUUAUCAUGUACUUGCGGCGAAACCUUUAAAUUUCGUUUUCGCUCGAAAAACCGCUAUUUUUAAACGGGUUUUAAGGGGAACGCUUUCAUAAAGGUUUCGUUCAAUUAACCGGUUUAGAACAAAAUAAACCGGGUUAUUCCACAGCAUGAUAGGUAAUUACUGUUCUAACCAAACAAAAAAGUCGCUGCGGGAACGUGCGUCUCGCCGCUCGUCGAAUAAACCGGUUUAUUUCGGUUAAAAUAAAGUUCUCAUAACGUUCGCGUUCUUUACAAAGUUCGGAGUAAAAUCGAAAUAAACCGGUUUUAACCGGUAAAGAAUUUUCAGCUUUGAGCUGCGGGUAUUUUGAUACCCUUUUAAAUAAGGCCAGUACAAAAUUAAUGAUUAGAUUAUGGAGAGUUACUUAUUAUAUUUUUAAUGAAUAUGUUAUUUCAUAUUUAUACUGUGAUUUUGGUUAGUAUGAUGAUGUGUGUGUGUGUGUGAAAUUAAGGUACAAAAAUGUCGAUUUAGAUCAAAGAUUAUUAAAUUAAAUAUUCUUUGAUCUAGAUUAAUGGACAUAUGCACGUUUUUAUACUCGAUUGACUGGGAGGGUGUCCGUUUUCACAUUAUCCGAUCCGAUAUCGGAUGUCGGAAGGAUUUCAGUGGAAAAAAUUCAAGAUGGCGCCUGUAUGGGAUAUCGGUCCUAUAACCGAUAUCGGAUCGGAUAAUGUGAAAAUUCACUAAGUGUGGUUCGUGGUAGGCCUUAUGAACUUGAAUAUUUUUCUUGUUUGUUAUACAACGUUAUAUACAAGUGCCAGGUGCCUUACACAAUGUUACCUGAUAAUAUACUUAUUUAAUGUUGAAAAUGUACUUAAAGCUCGGCCACACAUGCGCGUUUUGAUAGCGUAGGCGGAGCGGUAGCGGAGCGCAACGAUAGCGGUGCGCCGGACGAACGCUGGCGUUGCG